GGAAUAAUAAAUUAGUAAAACAUUAAUCAUUGUAACUCUAGUUACUUGCCGUUUAGGUAUUUAAUUUCCUUUUCAAUAAUGGAUACAAUUUUUCCACCACUCCCCGUAUUCAAACCGAAGAGUCUAGACACAAGUUUUUGAGAAAAAAGAUAACAGUGCUUAAGGGCGGAAGCUAUCUCUAAUCAUUAAACAACUGAUCGUUGAUUUCAGUAAAUUUCGAAUUUAUUAGAGUAUCGAUGUGAGGUUUUUAUUUGUUUGUCGAGAUAAAAAAAGAAUUUUAAGUGCUUUUCGCAAUAAUAAUGAAGUGUUUCUGAAAUACGGAUGCCGUUAUAUAACUUAGAAGAUUGUUCAUUAACUAGCUUAAACUGAUAAGUACAUGAUCACUUUUCAGAUCGUUUUCCUUCUAUUUAUCAAAUAACUGCUGCUAGUAAAACGGUGCGAUCAUAUUCGUUGAUUCUCAGAAUCUAUUUUUAUUAUUAUUGGAUUCCUGAAUAAGAAACAUGUUGAUUAAGCUUCAGCUGUUAUCCCUGGCUGUUUUGCUAAGUGCUAUACUAACAGCAGCAGAGACGAGCUACAAAGUUGGUGUUGGAAGAGCGGAUUGUACAGGACCAGCUGCUGAAAUUACUUUUAUGGGAUACGCCAAAGCUAAUCAAAAAGGUUGUGGUAUUCAUUUAAGACAGUUUUCGAGAGCUUUUAUAUUCAAUAAUGGAAAAAAUCUGAUGACAUUUGUUACAGUAGAUGCGUGUAUGAUGAAUCAUCCGUUAAAGCAAGCAGUAAUUGAUAAAUUGGAAGCUCUAAUACCUAAGACGUUCACUUUACAAAAUACUAUAAUAUCUGGAAGUCACACACACAGUACACCUGGUGGAUGGCUCAAAGAUGUAAUGUACGAUUUCCCCAAUUUGGGAUUUGUGCAAGAAUCAUUCGAUGCUCUAGUUGAUGGAAUAGUACGAUCAAUAGAGAAAGCUUACAAGAACCAGGUGGAUGCACAGCUUUAUAUGAAUAGUGGUAUACUUCUGGAUUCUAAUAUCAAUAGAAGUCCAGCUGCUUAUGCUUACAAUCCCACAACCGAACAAAAUAAAUAUGAAUAUAACGUAGACAAAGAUUUAGUUCAACUUAAAAUUGUCAGAGCUAAAGACGAUGUUCCAAUUGGGGUUAUCAAUUGGUUUGCAGUACAUCCAACAUCAAUGAAUAAUACCAAUUGUUUGAUACAUUCGGAUAACGUUGGGUAUGCCUCUAUUUUGUUAGAAUCAAGUAUGGAACCUGAUUCUUUACCAGGAAAGACCUCCUUCGUAGGUGCCUUCGCCUCUACGAAUUUAGGAGAUACAUCACCUAAUUUAAAAGAUCCGAUUUGUAUUGAUACAGGGAAACCUUGUGAUUAUACUCAUAGCACAUGUGAUGGUAAAAACGAAUUCUGUAUCGCAUUUGGACCUGGAAAUGACAUGGUAGAAAGUACUGAAAUCAUAGCCACUAAUUUAUUUAAGAAAGGAAAAGAACUCUUAGAAUCUACAAACUCUACUGAGAUAUCUGGUGAGCUGCGAUUUAUUCAUCGGUUUAUUCAUAUGCCAAGUCAAACGGCUACUUAUACAUUGUCAAAUGGAACAACAAUUAAUGUACACGGAUGCCGGGCAGCGAUGGGUUAUGGGUUUGCAGCUGGUACCACUGACGGUCCUGGAGAAUUUGACUUUACUCAAGCGACCACUACCAGCAACGCUUUCUGGAAUAUUGUGAGAGAUUUUAUUUUUCCUCCAACAAAAGAAGACGCAGAAUGUCAUGCACCAAAGCCUAUUCUGAUAAUGUCUGGAGCGAUUCAAGUACCCUAUGAAUGGCAGCCGUCAACAGUAUCUAUCCAAAUGUUUCAAAUCGGACAAUUUUUCAUAACCGCAGUACCUGGCGAAUUCACAACUAUGUCGGGAAGACGAUUAAGGGAAGCUGUUGCUAACGAAAUUACGUCCAACGGUGGACCCAACAACCCAAAAGUUGUUAUUGCUGGUUUAAGUAAUGUGUAUACAAAUUAUAUAGCCACUCCAGAAGAAUAUCAGCUACAAAGGUAUGAAGGUGCUUCAACUAUAUAUGGUCCGUAUACUCUUCCCAUAUAUAUCCAACGGUACAAAGAAUUGACAAAAGCGCUUAUUUCGAAUACACCAAUCACUGAUGAUUCGGAGCCGUACAAAUUUCCCAACAAUCUGAUGUCACUUGUUCCUCCGGUUAUUUUUGACGCCAGUGGUUGGUGGAAUAAUUAUGGAGAUUGUAUUGUACAACCAAAAGAAAGUUACACGAUUGGAGAUAUUGCCUCUGCUACGUUUGUCGCAGGCCAUCCUCGUAAUGACAACAUGCAAGAAAAAACCUUCUUAAAUAUUGAAAUGCAGCAAAAGGAUGCAACGUGGAAAGUUGUUGCUACCGAUGCAGAUUGGGAAACUAAAUUUAUUUGGAAAAGACAAGAGACGUUUAAACCAAUAAGUCAAGCUGAAAUUCAGUGGAAAAUUACUAAAAAAGUGAAUCCUGGAACUUACAGAAUAACACAUUUUGGAAAUUACAAGUACAUUUUUGGUGGAAUAUAUCCAUAUUCUGGAACAUCAAAUUCUUUCACAGUAUCUACUUAAUAAUAAUUCAGAAUAUCUAAUAGUUAAUUUGAUGUUAAAAAAAUUGACUCUAAUGUAUUACUGAUUUAAAUUAUGAAAUUUAUUUCUUUAAUAAAGACAUAUUGUUCUUUA